AAAGACCUUCACCACAACCUGCAACCUAAAGGCAGUAUCUGAGAUGGAGAGCUGGGGAGCCGUUCUCAUCACUUUAUGCAUUUUCUUCUUCAGGCAGAAUGCAAUAUCUGGAGCACACGUGGAGCUGAAGAUCAGGCAAGGAGACAACGUCACUGUCUACUGCGAUUGUUCAUUGCCUAUUGGAUCAUACAUUGCCUGGUUUAAGAACUGCUCACAUGAGAAUCAACCUCCUCUCAUUAUACACACUAUGAAGUUAGUUCAAGGUGAAAAUCCUCAUUAUGAUCUCGUAUGGGACGCCUCUGCUCAAAGCUUCGGCCUACUGAUUAAGAACAUCACAGAAUCAGACAUGGGCCUGUACUACUGUGCUAUAUAUAAGACAACAGUUACAGAAGAAUGUGGACUUAAUUCAAUGAAUGUUUACCAGUUUGGGAACAGAACCACUCUAAUCUCUCUUGUAGCAGACACAACCGUUCCUUGUGCCAACCUCUCCCAGACCCCCUCCACCCCUCCUGUAUCAGACUGUAGCGUCUGCUGGAAGCUGCUGGUCAGUGUGUGUCCUGUGUGUGUUCUCCUGUCCUCCACCUGUGUGUGCUGCAUCUACAGACACACAACUACAGCCAAAUAUAAAGCUGGUGAAGAAAAGUGUGAGAAGAAACGGAGUCAGAGACGUGAGAAGGUUGGAGAAGGUGAUGUGUGUUAUGCUUCGCUGGACAUCCAGAGCGGAGGAUGGAAGCACAUGAGGACAAAGACGAGAGCUGAGAGCUCUGAACUCUGUACAUAUUCCCAUGUUCAGUAUGUAGAUCAAAACUGAAUGGAAAACUGUUGAAGAGGGUUCUGAAUUUUUGAGAUCUGGGGACGUGAUCUUCAGGCACUUUAUCCUGACAAUGUAGAAAAAAUGCUUUGUCUCAAUUUAUUCAACUUUCACCACAAUGUUUUAUUUGAACUUCGCUUUAUUGGACAUACAGUGUGGUACCAUUACGGCCCAACACUUAUCAGAAACAUACACUGUAGGAACAUCUUGCCAGUUCAAAUUAAAGUUGUAGUAACAAGCAAUGCAACUGAAAUAAAUACUUUGAAUGAAACGAUGUGAUGCAAAAUAAAGUUUAGAUAACAUCAAUUCAAACCAAUUAACUUUGACCCUGUUCUGCUUUGUAUAAUGUAUGUCAAGUGAAUGUGAUUGAAAGUGAAUAAAGUCUGUUUAAACGAUCAA